AUGAAUUUUUGGGAAGUCAUUUCGGAAGAACAUGGAAUCGAUGAAACGGGAAUUUAUAAUGGAAACUCCGAUUUACAAUUAGAAAGGAUAAAUGUUUAUUACAGCGAAGCGUCUGCGGCGAGAGGCAGCGGUGGAAAAUAUGUGCCUCGAGCUAUAUUGCUUGAUCUCGAACCUGGAACUAUGGAUGCAGUCAGAGCUGGAGCCUACGGUCAACUCUUUCGUCCGGAUAAUUUUGUGUUCGGUCAAAGUGGCGCUGGAAAUAACUGGGCAAAAGGUCAUUACACAGAGGGUGCCGAAUUGGUAGAUUCGGUUUUGGAUGUGGUUAGAAAAGAAGCUGAAAAUUGUGACUGCCUCCAAGGAUUUCAGUUGGCUCAUUCUUUGGGUGGUGGCACGGGAUCGGGAAUGGGUACUCUUCUCACGUCUAAAAUCCGUGAAGAAUUCCCUGAUAGAAUAAUGAAUACGUAUUCGGUAAUGCCAUCGCCUAAAGUGUCUGACACGGUUGUGGAACCUUAUAACGCUACAUUGUCAGUACAUCAAUUAAUCGAAAAUACAGAUGAAGCUUAUUGUAUAGAUAACGAAGCCCUGUACGACAUAAGUUUUAGAACUCUUAGAGUGUCAAAUCCAUCCUACGGAGAUCUUAACCAUCUAGUUUCAAUGACAAUGUCUGGUGUUACUACUUGUCUUAGGUUUCCAGGUCAAUUAAACGCCGAUCUUCGAAAAUUAGCUGUAAAUAUGGUGCCUUUUCCAAGACUGCACUUUUUCGUUCCUGGUUUUGCUCCCUUAACCUCAAGAGGAUCUCAACAAUAUCGCGCUUUAACGGUACCGGAAUUGACUCAACAAAUGUUCGAUUCGAAAAACAUGAUGGCGGCUUGCGAUCCUCGUCACGGGAAAUACAUGACCGUCGCCGCCAUUUUCCGUGGAAGAAUGUCAAUGAAAGAAGUCGAUGAACAAAUGCUUGCCGUUCAAAACAAAAACAGUUCGCAUUUCGUCGAAUGGAUUCCAAGCAAUGUAAAAACGGCCGUUUGUGACAUACCUCCUAAAGGAUUGAAAAUGUCAUCGACUUUCAUAGGAAACACAACGGCCAUACAAGAAAUAUUCAAAAGAGUUUCUGAACAAUUUGCAGCCAUGUUUAAAAGAAAAGCUUUCUUACAUUGGUACACUGGAGAAGGAAUGGACGAAAUGGAAUUCACUGAAGCAGAAUCAAACGUUAAUGAUUUAAUCGCCGAAUAUCAACAAUAUCAAUUAUAUAUCUCAACUAUUAUUAAAAUUUAA